AUGUGUUCUUCACAGGGUGUAUUGACAUUCCUGGAUGUGGCUAUAGAGUUCUCUAAGGAGGAGUGGGAAUGUCUGAAUUCUGCCCAGAGGGCUUUGUACAGAGAUGUCAUGUUGGAGAAUUACAACAACCUGGUUUCUGUGGGUGUUGCUGUUUCAAAACAAGAGGUAAUCAUCUGUCUUGAACAAAACAUUGAACCAUGGAUUGUUGAUGGAGAGGAAACAAAAGUAAGAGGACCAGCAUUGUCUUGUGAACAUACUGAGAAUCUACGACAAAAGGUGUAUACACAAAAUUAUUGUCAAAAACAAAUAACACAAAGAUUUGGACUUAAUGGUCUUUUUAACCUAUGUAGAAAGAAGUUUUGGCAAUAUAGAAGUGGCAGUGAGGAGCAUGAAAUAUGUGAUUAUGAAAAUGAUCUGCUGGCAAAACACAUCUGUUUGAAUUCUGAAAAGAAUAAAGGAGUUCUAGAUAUUCAAGAGAGAACUCAGUCUGGGUCACUCCCACUUUUACAAUUGGAGGCUACUCUAGCAGAAUUUUUACAAGUUUUGAAAUGCAACUCUGCUCUACAAAAGAAUACAAAAGCCUUAAAGAGUGAUAUUUGGGUGAAUAAACCCACUUCCCUGAAACAUUUAUCAAGUAGUAUGGGAUUUAACAGUACUUCAAUACUUUAUGAACAGAGGAGAUUUUGGAGAAGAGAAAAAAUUACUGAAUAUCAUCAAUGUGAAAGAUAUUUCUCUAAAAAUUCAUUACAGCUCCCUCAACAAUUAAAUCUACUCUGUGACAAGUUCUACCAUUUGGGUCAACAUAAGAAAAUGUCAAUGUAUGCAGUGAAACUUGCAACAUGUCAUGUGGGAGGUAGUUGUGGAAACUCCAACAGAGUAAAUGAUAGUAACAUAGACUACAUUAAAAACCAUUUUCUGAAGUAUUACCAAAACAAUCAACAUGGAGGGAUUUUAUACCAAGGUAAUAUCAUACUAUAUGAUUCUCAUCAUGAAACAAUUCUAAGUAAAAAUGAGGUAAGGAAAUGUAUUUCAGAAAAUCAUUAUAACCAUGAUAGUAGACAGGUUAUAUCUAAUCACUGGUCUGAAUCAUCUUUGCAACAGCAGGAUCAUACCACAGAGAACCUUCAUAAAAAUGAUUGGGAGGAUGCCAUUUUAAAUGAUUCCUUAAUUCCUCAGAUUUAUAAUGGAAUGUGGACUAAAGGAGAUGUCAACAAAUACAUAUGUGAUAUAUACAACAGUGCUUUAAUUGAAUUCUUAUACUUAGAGAAAGAUAACAUAAAACAUAUUAAAAAACAACUUUCCAAGGCUCCAGGAUGUAAUAAGGUCUUGAAUUUCAAUUGCAAUAUCAUUCAACAUGAUUCAAAUGAUAGUGGAGUGGGAAUUCAGAAAGUCAAAGUACAUAUGUAUGGUUUUUUUACUAUAUCAAAUCUCUUGAGACAUUCAAAUUUAUCAGCUGAAGAAAACCACUCAAAAUAUAAUGUUCCAGAGAAAUGUCCCAGUAAACCCUCAGGCCAUAUGAUAUUUCAAGCUAGUGGAAAACCAUGGAAAUGUGUGCAAUGUGGCAAGUCCUUUUCUCAGUACUCAGCUCUUCAAAACCCUCACAGGAUCUGUACUGUAAAGAAACUUUAUAGUUGUAAGGAAUGUUNNAAAUCAUUUACUUGUUUCUCAAAUCUUCNANCUCACCACAGAAUACACACUNCACAGGAANUUUAUAAAUCUAAUAAGUGUGGGGAAUCAUUUACCCAGUCANCAGAUNUUCAAUUUUAUCAGAGAAUCCACCACACAGGAAACAAGCCUUACAAAUGUAAUGAAUGUGGUAAAUAUUUUACCUGUUCCUCAAGUCUUAAAAGGCACUACAGAAUCCACACAGGAGACAAACCUUACAAAUGUAAUGAAUGUGGUAAAUAUUUUGCCCGUUCCUCAAGUCUUAAAUAUCACCACAGAAUCCAUACAAGAGACAAGACUUACAAAUGUAAUAACUGUGGGAAAAGUUUUAUACAGUCCUCAUAUCUUAAAAGGCACUACAGAAUCCACACAGGAGACAAACCUUAUAAAUGUAAUGAAUGUGGUAAAUAUUUUGCCAGUUCCUCAAGUCUUAAAGAUCACCACAGAAUCCAUACAAGAGACAAACCUUACAAAUACAAACCUUACAAAUGCAAUGAAUGUGGUAAAUAUUUUGCCCGUUCCUCAACUCUUAAAGAUCAUCACAGAAUCCAUACAAGAGACAAAAUAGACAAAUGCAAUAACUAUGGGGAAAGUUUUAUACAGUCCUCAGAUCUUAAAAGGCACUACAGAAUCCACACAGGAGACAAAACUUACAAGUGUACUGAAUGUGGUAAAUAUUUUACCCAGUCUUCACAUCUUCAAGUUCAUCAGAGAAUCCACACCGGAGACAAACCUUACAAAUGUAAUGAAUGUGAUAAAUAUUUUGCAAGUUCCUCAAGUCUUAAAGAUCACCACAGAAUCCAUACAAGAGAAAAACCUUACAAAUGUAAUGAGUGUGGGAAAAGUUUUAUAUGGUCCUCAAAUCUUAAAAGGCACUACAGAAUCCACACAGGAGACAAACCUUACAAAUGUAAUGAAUGUGGUAAAUAUUUUGCCCGUUCCUCAACUCUUAAAGAUCAUCACAGAAUCCAUACAAGAGACAAACCUUACAAAUGUAAUAUCUGUGGGAAAAGUUUUAUACAGUCCUCAAAUCUUAAAAGGCACUACAGAAUUCACACAGGAGAGAAACCUUACAAGUGUAAUGAAUGUGGUAAAUAUUUUAUCUGUUCCUCAAGUCUUAAAGUACACCACAGAAUCCAUACAAGAGACAAGCCUUACAAAUGUAAUAUCUGUGGGAAAGGCUUUAUACAGUCCUCAGAUCUUAAAAGGCACUACAGAAUCCACACAGGAGACAAACCUUACAAGUGUGAUGAAUGUGGUAAAUAUUUUGCUCAUUCGUGUCUCAGUCUUAAAGAUCACCACAGACUUCAUACUGUAGACAAACCUGUUAAAAGUAAUUAGUGUGGGAAAUCAUUUACACAGUCCUCAAAACUACAAGCUUACCACAGAAUACACACUGAACAUGGACCUUAUAAAUCUAAUAAUUGUGCGAAGUCAUUUACCCAGUCAUCAAGUCUUCUGGUUCACCACAGAAUCCAUACAAGAGAGAAACCUGCAAAUUAUACGUGUAAUGAAUGUGGAAAAUACAUUUUCCAGCCCUCAAAUCUUCAAGGUGACCACAGAAUACAUACUGCAAACAAACAUUGCCAGUGUAAAAAUGUAGAAGUCCUUCACACAGAAAUCAUAUUAUCAAACCUGUCAUAG